AUGCAAACAAAUUGUUUAAUAUGCACCAGCUUAGAUGUAGACCAUACAUCUUUUAAUUUACGCGAUAUUAUUGAAUCAACACUAGUUGAUUGGGGUAUUCAAAUAUCAAAUAUUUCUGGUGCAACCACAGACAAUGAAACAAAUGUGAUUAAAGCUGUUGAACUAUUUGGAAUCAAUGAUAUUAGUUGUUUUGGUCAUACGCUUAACAAUGCAUUUUUUAAACGAUACGAUAGUAAUCAAACCAGACCAGUUUUACAAAAAAUAAGUUUUCUGGAUCCAAGAUACAGAAGUCCUUACAUCGAAUUGGCACAAAAGGAUUUUAUCAUAUGCUUAAUAAAACAAAAAAUGGAUGACAUUGGACACCAAAUGGAAAUUGAUGAUCAUGACAAAAACACAAAUAUUGGAGGAUUGGCUGCAUUUUUGGGAAAUCUUUCAAACAUACCUGUUGAAACAAAUUCCAUACAAGAUUUAAACCAAAUAGAACUUGAUAAGUAUUUAUCAUUGCCAAGUGUUGGUUUGAAUUGUAAUUCUUUACAAUGGUGGAAAAUAUUCCAUUCAGAAUUUCCAACAUUGGCAAAAUUAGCUAUGAAGUACUUGUGUAUACAAGGCACAAGUGUACCAAGUGAACAGAUUUUUAGUUGUGCUGGUAAUGUCAUUACUGAUCACCAAUCCUCAUUGUCUCCAGAACAUGCUGAAGAGUUAAUUUUUUUGUCUAUGAAUGCGAAGUAUGUUUCUAAGUGACUUACUGUGACAUAUAGUUCACCUACACAAAUAACUGCUGUUACAUUGUUUUUUUUUAUUGUUAUUCUUUCGCAAGACGCAAC